AUGACUUCCUCCAUCGUCCAAGACGUGCGCAAUGAAAUCGAUAUUUCCGAUAAAACAUUUGAUCCCGAAAGGCAAAGGGAGAGUGCAUUGGUGUCCGAGCUUCCCAAGUCGCUCGGCGCAGGUUCCGCCCUGGCUCUUGGGGCAUUUGGAACGACUCUCACCACCCUCUCCUUGAGUCUAAUGGAAUGGAGAGGCGUGACAACAGGAAAUGUCUUCGUUGGAAAUUUCUUCUUCAUCGCUGCAUUUGGCCUGGUUGUGACCGCUCAGUGGGAGCUUUCUGUUGGCAACGGCUUUGCCUACACUGUUUUUAGUGCUUUCGGUCUCUUUUACGCUGGUUAUGGCGCGAUUCUUACACCUGCGUUUGGGGUGGCACAGGCAUAUGGCGGCGCUACAACCCCUGAGUACAACAAUGCGGUCGGGUUCUUCAUGAUAUUGUGGACUGUGUUUGUGUUCACAUUUCUGAUCGCAUCUAUCCCAAGCAACAUUGCUUACAUCUUGGUCUUUCUGUUUGUGGAUCUUGGGUUCCUCACGGUUGCGGCAAGCUACUUUGCCCUCGCCGACGGCCAUGCAGCUUCAGCUGAUGCGCUGAAAAAGUCGGGUGGGGUCUUCUGUUUCCUGGCAGGAUUGGUUGGGUGGUAUAUUGUGUUUCAUCUCUUGUUGAAAGAAUCUCUCCUGGAUCUUCCGCUGGGUGAUACCUCGCGCCUUUUUGGAAAGAAGAAGAAGAGAGUUGACUAG